AGAGAGAGAGAGAGAGAGAGAGAGAGAGAGAGAAGAAGAUGGGUUGCUCGUUUUCAGGUAUGAAUGCUCUGUACGGUGCCGCUAAUGGCGGAGGAGAUGUUUGGAUCAAUGAGAACCGUUUCAGGAUUCUGAGGCAGCUCGGAGAAGGUGGAUCUGCGUAUACUUAUCUCGUCAAGGAGGUCGGAAAUGACUCAGCUGUUGGUGGUGGCGUUGGGAACAAAAUCAAAGACCCAUCUCAUGUUUCAGAUGAUGGUACAUAUGCGAUGAAGAAAGUCUUAAUUCAAACCAGUGAUCAGUUAGAGUUGGUGAGGGAGGAGAUUCGUGUCUCGUCCCUUUUUACCCAUCCCAAUCUACUUCCAAUUCUGGAUCAUGCUAUAAUUGCAGUUAAGGGAACACCGGAAGGAUCUUCAAAUCAUGAAGCUUACUUACUGUUUCCAGUUCAUUUGGAUGGAACUUUACUGGACAAUACUAAGAAUAUGAAAGGAAAAAACGAGUCCUUUUCCACAAUGGAUGUUCUUCAGAUAUUCCGACAGCUUUGUGCAGGAUUGAAGCAUAUGCACAGUUUUGACCCUCCAUAUGCACAUAAUGAUGUCAAACCAGGUAAUAUCCUCAUCACAAACAGAAAAGGGCAACCACCUCUUGCCAUAUUGAUGGAUUUUGGAAGUGCUCGGCCUGCAAGGAAACAAAUUCGGUCUCGUUCAGAGGCACUACAGUUGCAGGAAUGGGCAGCUGAGCAUUGUUCUGCACCAUUUCGAGCUCCUGAGUUGUGGGACUGCCCAAGCCAUUCAGAUAUUGAUGAGAGAACAGAUGUCUGGUCGCUGGGUUGUACACUAUAUGCAAUAAUGUUCGGGUUGUCACCUUUUGAAUAUGCAGCUGAUGAAUCUGAAGGAAGCCUACAGUUGGCCAUUGGAAAUGCACAGAUAAAAUGGCCAACUGCUCCAAACCCUUCAUAUCCAGAACCUCUUUGUAAGUUUGUUACAUGGAUGCUCCAGCCCCAACCAACAGUCCGACCUCGAAUUGAUGAUAUCAUUAUUCACGUUGAUAAGUUGAUCUCAAAGUACUCCUGAGCAAAAUGCAGGGGACACCGUAUGAAUUUGUAGUCUAGAACAAGAGGAGAAGCAAGCAGCACAUCCAUCAGUGGGAUAUUGGUUGGGUUAUUGAUAUUGCAAGUUACUGAGCAACUUCUGCUUAGCUCCAUGUGAAAAUUUCGUGUCGCCCAUGCCAGUUAUAGCAGUUUGUUAUCUGUCCUUAGACACCCAAAUUACAGUUCUAUUAGUUACAAUUGAAUGUGUAUUGAUUCAAUUUCUUUUGAAGUGUAUCAAUAAAAUCUCUUUCCCUGUGCAUUGCAUCUCUCUCAGAAGUUCUUGUGAA